AUGUGGGCAGCCAUUGGUACUUGGAUUAUUGACAGAUUAAUUAGGGAUUGCCGUUUAGCUUGUUCUGGUUGCCCAGACGCUAUUGUCACCUUGAUGUUCGAUGAAUCAUUAAAGGUUAUGAACCCCAACCACCAGGCAUGGAACCCCGUUCCUGGUGUCACUUCCGAUUACAUUAAUGACUAUAUUGUCUUAUGUUGCAAAGUCAAAGGAGGAAUGACUCAUGACUUAUAUCAACAUUUGAAGAAAUACCCGGGGAACAGUGAUAUGAUUCAAGCUUCUGUUGAGGGUCAAUAUGAAGAACCGUAUCCAGAUAAUGCAGAUAGAGGAAUCUACAUAGCAGGAGGAAUCGGUAUUCCAGGAAUGUAUGAGGAAUGA